CUUACAGUCAACAAGAAACAAAACUCUAACACACCAUUUUUCUAUAUAUAUCUUACAUCAAUGCCUCAUUAUUCUCAUCAUCCAUUCUCCAUUUUCAAUCUCUCUCCCACCAAAUCUCAUCUCAUUAUUUUUCUGCUAAUUGUCACUUAAGGAAAAGAUGUUGGGAAUUUUCAAGGAAAAGUUGGUGAAUGCACCAAAAGAGCUUAACAGUCCAGCUUCUCAGAAUUCAAACACAAAGAAAGCUAAACCAAGUCAUGAAAUUCUUAGAGAUUUCAUGUCAUGCAAUUCCUCCAAUGCUUUCUUCAUGACCUUUGGAAAUGAUGCUUUAUUGGCUUAUUCCCCUUCAACCACACCCUCCAUUUAUCAAAGGUUGUUUAGUGGUUUGGACAACAUAUAUUGUGCUUUCAUGGGAAAUCUACACAACCUUAGUCAAUUGAACAAGCAAUAUGGACUAUCAAAGGGAAGCAAUGAGGCCAUGUUCAUCAUCGAGGCGUAUCGGACACUUCGCGACCGAGGUCCAUACCCUGCUGAUCAAGUCCUCAAAGAAUUUGAAGGAAGUUUUGGAUUUGUGAUCUAUGACCAUAUAAAUGAAACUGUUUUUGCUGCAUCUGGUUCUGAUGGGCAAAUUGGAUUGUAUUGGGGAAUUGCAGCUGAUGGGUCAGUGGUUAUUUCUGAAAAUUUGGAGCUUGUUAAAUCAAGUUGUGCUAAAUCAUUUGCACCUUUCCCAAAUGGGUGUUUGUUUCAUAGUGAGCAUGGUUUGUUGAACUUUGAGCAUCCAACAAAGAAGAUGAAAGCAAUGCCUAGGAUUGACAGUGAGGGUGUUAUGUGUGGAGCCAACUUCAAUGUUGAUUCUCAGUCAAGGAAUCAAAUGAUGCCACGUGUUGGGAGUGAAGCUAAUUGGUCUACUUGGGGACAAACAUAACUACUAGUUUCAUCAUGAUAAUCUAAGUUUAUUUAGUUUUUUGUUUGCCAAGAGCAACUUAAGUAGUAUGAUGAGGAUAAUCUAAGUUUAUUUUCUUUUUUCUUGUUUGGUUUCAUUGUUUUGUACAUUUUUGUGAUUUAAUGUUGAGCAAUGAGUAUUUCUAAUCAUUUUCUAUAUAAAUAAGAUGAAUUUUUUAGUUUUGACUAAUGAA